UUUUAUCACAUUCUGUACACCCAGGGAUGCUCUCUAUGGUGUUGAUGCCGUACUUUGCUCGCGAGGUGCCCGACAUCACGCUUGUGCCCGUCAGCAUUAACUACGAGCGACUGAUGGAGGACAAACUCUUCGCGUAUGAGCACAUUGGGGUGCCCAAGCCGAAGGAAUCUACUGGGGGUUUCCUAAAAGCCUUGAAGAGUUUGAACGACAAUUUCGGAGACAUAUACAUAAACUUAGCCGAGCCAAUAUCGCUCCGAAGCUACCUUGAUGACGACGUCCAACCACGCUCGGGUGAGGAUCUCAAGCCGGUAGACAUGCAGCAACUGACAGCAGACCAGUUCAAGCAAGUGCAGGACUUGGCAGAGGAUAUGAUAACGCUCCAAGACGCGUACACAGUGGUGAAUGUUUCGAACCUAGUGGCGAUGACGCUGAUGCAAUGUCUGAUGGUGAAUCAAACCAUGUCGUUCGAAGAUGUAUGCGAUGAAGCCCAGUUUAUAGCGACAGUGUUGUUGGCUCGUGGCGCGGCGGUGUUCGCGAAGGACUACACGAAGAGUGUCGAGAAGGUGUUGUUGGUGCAUCGCAGGCUGAUGCGGCUCGACCAGAACAAACACCUGAGGCUCCUCACCGAGCCGCUCAUGGACGUGUCCGACGAUAUGAAGGCCAAGAUGAAAGGUUACAUAUUUGACGCGGAGACGUUAUCGUACGCGUUGCCAGUGAUCCAACUGCAGUUGUAUGUGAACCCCGGAAUACCCUGCCUGAUGAUGUCAGCCAUCUUGUACCUCAUAGCUUGCAGGGGACCGAUAAAUGAAUGCCAACUGGCUUCAGAAUUUCUGAUGACACGAAAGCUCUUGCGUUACGAAUUCUUUUACACACACAAAACUCUUAGAGACACAUACCACGAGGAGCUAGAUUAUUGCCUACGACAAAAAGUGAUAGUACGCACCGACGCCGGCUACACGACGGAAGGCGGCAAUAAGAAGCUUCAGCUGUUGUUCCGCUGGGUGGCGUGCCCCGCGCUCGCCACACUCAAGGCGUGCAUUCAAACUAUGCUCGCGAAAAAUGUUUGCGAGCACAAGCAGGCGUUGAAACUGAUCCAGCAGAGAUUGCUGUCAGUCUUCAGCCAUCCCUACAGCUUGAGUCUGGAGGCGACGGCGAACUGUCUGCAAGGACUCACGGCGUAUGGAGCUCUGGAGAAAGAAAAGUACGCGAUAUGUAACUAA